GUUGUCUGUCAGUCAGUUUUUUGAUUGGGUGGCUGUGGGGUUCAGUUGCUGCUGUUUAUUUUCGGAAAGACGACAAAUUCAAAACCUUCAACAUUUAUCCUAUAAAUGACAAACGUCUUAUCAACGGGAAUCUUUAAGAUCCAUACACACAUCAACUCUACGUAGAAGAAACAAACACUUGUAUUUGAAAUUACAUCCGGAAAUAUUUUUUAAUUAAAGCCGACAUGACUGGUGACGACAAACCAAUAAGAGUUGGUUCCCGAAAGAGCGAGUUGGCUCUCAUCCAAACUAAACAUGUCAUCUCACGAUUACAGAAACUUUACCCGAAUAAGAAAUUUGAAAUACAUACAAUGACAACAAUAGGUGACCGAGUUUUAAAUAUAUCACUGCCAAAAAUUGGAGAAAAAAGUCUUUUUACCAGAGAUCUUGAGGAUGCUUUACGCAAUGGUGGUGUUGACUUUGUUGUUCAUUCUCUGAAGGACUUACCAACGGCCUUACCAACAGGCAUGGCAAUAGGAGCCGUUCUUGAACGAGAAGAUGCCAGAGAUGCUCUUGUGCUUCGAAAGGACUACAAGGAUUAUACAAUAGACACGUUACCUCAUGGCAGCGUUAUUGGUACAUCAUCCCUAAGAAGGACUGCCCAAUUGCGGAGACAAUACCCCCAUCUCGUUGUUUGUGAUAUCCGUGGCAACUUGAAUACUCGAUUGGCAAAAUUGGAUGCUGCAGAUUCCAAGUUUGCAGGAAUAAUUUUAGCUCAAGCUGGAUUGGUUCGUAUGGGAUGGCACGAUCGUAUCAGUCAAGUUCUUGAGCCUACCGAGCUCCUAUAUGCCGUUGGACAAGGAGCUUUAGCUGUGGAAUGUCGUGUCAAUGACACAGACAUUUUGACAAUGCUUCGUAGUCUCUCGUGCAUUUCAACAACGUGCCGUAUUUUGGCUGAACGAAGUUUCCUUAAAACUCUUGGUGGUGGCUGUAGCGCGCCCGUAGCCGUAUUCAGUAACUUGAAAGGAAACUUGGCUAAUGAUGGCAAUUGUUCUAACACAGUUAAUUUACAUCUGGACGGAGCUGUAUGGAGCCUUGAUGGUUCUAAUGAAAUACGAAGAGAUAUGGCCUGCUUACUUGCCGACCCUACAAUCGCCGAAGAAAAUAGUAAUGACGAGCCUCCUCAAAAGCGUACAAGAGCCAAUGAAAGCAGCAGCCCAGAAUUACGGAACCAAAACAGUCCUCCAGUCAUUAAUGAUGAUUCUGAGAUAGAAGCUAUUGCCGGUUCAUACAACAUUAAUGAAUUGGUAGAGAAACAUAUAAAUUUAGCUAAUAAAUGUCCUGUUGUGGGCACGGAUAUUAAAAAAGAAGCGCAAAACGGGAAUAAUAUUGACGAAGAUAGAGUUGGUGACGCCGAAAGCGGCAAGGCAUGUCCACUGCCAAUAGAUAUUGGUCAGGAUGUUAUGGGUCAGUGUCCAUUUGUGGGUAACGAUACAAAAGUAUUUCUGGCUGCAACCGGAAAAUGUCCCAUGUCUGGCAAUAAACUGAACAACAAUAGCGUUGAGAGCGAUGAUAAAGUAGACUGUGCUCCAACUCCUUCCACAUCAAAAUGUCCUUUUGCAGCAAUGCACAGCAGAAGCGGUAUGACACUCAGUGCCAAAGCUCCUAAAAGGAGUCACGAAGACACUGUGGGGAAAUGUCCUUUCCUACAAAAGACUAUUAAAAUGUUUGACUACUCUGAGGACGAGACGGCACAUUCCAAUGCUAAUAUACUUAUAGAAGAUGUUGACAAUCUAUUUUGUGGUCUUUAUCAGCAUGAAUGCUAUGAUCGUCAAUUGUACAUCAAGAGUAACAAACUUGGAGAACAGUUGGCCGAGGAGUUGAUCAAAAAAGGUGCUUUAGAAGUAAUGAGAUUAGCUCAGGCAGAGAUACAUAGCAAAUCUUAAUAAACGGACUCUGAUAUUGCGUUUUGUUUC